AUGCUGUAUAACUCUGCAUCCGAUGACGUCAAACAACAUGUAGCGAUGUUCAUUGAAGAAGCAAAGCAAAAGAAGAAGACAGAGUUGGAGGAGACAAAGGGCACAGAGGUGGUUGACCAUCAAGUAUAUAUUGAUAGACUCCCUGGUGCUCUCACAGAAUUCUUCAAUGAGCUUCAGAGGCUUACCGGUUAUGUUUUCACAGUCCUUAUGGGUGGCCCAACACCAGCCAUGGGAGGGAAGAUUGUCGUCCAGAGUUUUCAUGUUGGUGCGACUGAAGUUGGAAACCAGUUCGACCAAGUAUAUCCUGAGUUUGACUCAGGGAUCAUGCGGCCAUGGAAAGAGUUCACCAAGUGCAUGUUUCAUAAGUCCGAGUCUGACCUGAAAUUCCACAAAUACAUGAUUACUGAUCUUAUCACAAAGGAUGUCAUGGUUCCUGUCGAGUCCCAUUCACAAGCUCCCUCCAUUCCUGUCAAGUCACAUCCACGGGCUCCUUCCAAGUCUACCUCCAUGGAGCCUUCCACAUCUGUGGAGCCUUCCCUCAUGUCCACAUCCACAGAGCCUGCACCUGUGUCCACCUCAGUAGAGCCUUCCCCCAUGUCCACAUCCAUAGAGCCUGCACCUGUGUCCACCUUGGCAGAGUCUGCACCCGUGUCCAGCUCCACCUUGGCAGAGCCUACACCCUCCAGUAAGGUGACCGUGUCACUGAUUGUCGGUCCCACCUUGGCAGAGUCUGCACCUGUGUCCAGCUCCACCUCGGCAGAGCCUACACCCUCCAGCAAGGUGACCGUGUCACCAAUUCGCAAUGAAAUUGCCAACUCAAUUGGGUCAGAAAUUGCCAGCUCAAGGAAACGGGGGAGUUCUACUGUAAACGGUGCUUAUAAGAAUUGCAUCCCCGACUCGCCACAUAAUAAAUACAUCACCUCAGUAGUAGAGAAGGGCAGGCUGCCACUGAAUGGAUACAUCAGUAUGAUAGCCCAUUAA